ACAUAUCACCAAUCAGGUAAGGCGCGAAACCUAUUCGAUCUCUAGGUCUUGCAUUACACAAUCAACAUCGAACUAUCCAACUUUACUUCUCUUCCCUAAAUAUUCCUCUUAUUCGUUUUCUUUUCUGUUUUGUUGUCUUCAGAUGCGCCGGUAGAAUCAUGGUAGGCGUUAGCCACAGCCGUCGUGGCAAUUCCAUAUCGUUGGCGCUAUGCUUCCUGGCUGUCCUGCCGCUGGCUGCGGAAGUGCAGCGCGCUGCGUGGCCGUUACUCCUGCUUUGGGUGGGUGCUGGUGGCGUGAGAUGGUGGUAUGGCGAUGAGACUUUACGAGCCGAUUGCGUCGUCUUUGGGGGAAUCGCAUUGAUAUCUGCAAGAGAAGGAUUGUGGAACUGGACAAGCACGUUGUCUGAUUCUGUGCUUGGGAUUGUCUGGGAUGGCGCUGUGAUACGGCGGGCUAGUACGAUUGUCCUAAUUGUCCUUGGAUUCGUCUCCACAUCCUACAAAAAUGUUUUCAAGAGGAAAGAAGAGAGACCUGGUUCCGAUUCAAACACUACGGAUUCAAGUAUCAAGCAUCCAAAAGCCUUGAUCUUUCCAUGCCGGACGACUCAUGCACGAAUCUUCCCUAAACGCCAUGCAUUCAAGUAUUCGUAUUUGCUAUAUGGGAUUCCGAUCAUUCCGCCAUGGGCAGCAGCCAAUGGACAGGGGAUUGUAGAUGGAAAGGACAGGAAGAAAGGGAAUUGGUGGCUCCAGGUUAGAGCUGAGGACUACCUAGAAAGAGGAUAUGGCGAGCUUGGUUUCUAUGGGAAAUUGAAGAAGGUUUUGCAUGAACAUGAUGUGCCGGACUCGGAAUGGUCAUAUGCUUAUCUCGUUACGGCUCCGAGAUUUCUUGGCUACUCAUUCAACCCUGUUUCCUUUUGGUAUGUUUACAACUCGUCACAUGAGUUGAAGAGGAUGAUUCUAGAGGUCAACAACACAUUCGGAGAGCGACGGAUGUACGUUCUCGAUGGAGCCAGCCCGCCAACACCCCCACAAACCCCAGACGAAGAGAUGCCGAAACUCCAGAUAGAAAAGGCAUCAUUUACAGAUGCGUGGCAGAAGGACUUCCAUGUGUCGCCCUUCAAUUCCAGAAAGGGAUCGUAUUCGUUGAAAGCUACAAAUCCGUUUCCAGGGUUUCCUGCGCCAUGUGCCGCGAAAAUCGAUAAUACGAUUACGCUCAAGUCGUCGAAGGAUCAUGCGAAGAUUGUGGCGCGUGUGUACUCUAUUGGAACAGCACUGGAUGCGAAUACCCUUGGAGCCAUGGGGACCCUCCGUUUCGUUGGCGGCUGGUGGUGGGUUGGUCUCGUCACAUUCCCUCGGAUCUUGAAAGAAGCUUUUCGACUCUUUUUCAAGCGCAGUCUGAAUGUUUGGUUUCGGCCUGAAGUUCUAUCAUCAAGCAUUGGUCGGGCACAUACUUCGGAAGAAAAAGCCCUCCAGGAGAUUUUACACUCGUACUUGCAGCACCUCGUCUGGAAUUCGUCAGAACAGUGGGAUAUAACCUACCACACAGCUAUACCAUCCCGACCAACGGAAAAAGUGAUGUCAACGCAUGUUCCAGGUCGCAACAUCCCAUGCAAAAAGCUCGAGAUCCGUGUCUUGACACCGGCGUUCUAUUCUCGAUUCGUGCAUUAUUCCUACACAUGGGAAGCUUUCGAUCGCGAGUGUUUGUUUACAGACGAGCGGAAUCGGACGGUUUGGAUCUCCAACCCGGAACUACUUGCCCUGCUCUUGUCUGGCGCUAAGAAGCAGUGCUUCGAUUACGAGGACCAACUUCCACGAAGAGGUCGCCUCGACGAAAUGCGGUGGAGCUUCAUGAGAAGAUUGAGGUGUCCGCCUGCAGAACCGGCCUAUCCACUGACGCCGAAACGGGCAGAAUUCGACGUUAAUGAUAUACGAACAUUGCCAUUCUCAGAUAUGGAUAAGUUUGUACGGAGCCGGCAUUGUCGGUUUGACUCUGGUAGCUAUCGCCGUAUAGUCACGAAGACCUUCCUCGCCCAGAGAUUCGCAUUUGGGUUUGCUGAGGUCGUUGAUUUGCUCGAUUUGAUGAUUCGAAUUCUGCUAUGCUAUUUAGCGGUUGUUACUCUGAUGUUGUGGACCGGGAGAGACAUUAUCCGUUGGUUCACAGAUCAGAAGGUUCAACAUCAGGACGAUUGGUUAGAUAGCAUUAAGGGUGGACUACUCGAUAUACCAUCAUGUCUAGGAACGUGGAGCUUGAUUUGCGGUAGUCAUUUGUAUGGGUUGGCCAAAGGCUACUUUUAGAGAAGCUGUAAAUACCAAAAUGACCAAAAGAAUGACUGCACAUAAUUCAAGAUGACGACUACAGCGGGCUUGCUCCAUUGCUCCAAAAGGCGGAAGCAGAAUCCUCACGAUUCUGACUCAAAACACCGGGAGCUUGAGUCAUAUUGUUAUAUGCCUCUUUCACCCGGCCAACCUGCUGUAAUCAGACCCUAAUCACGAUGAAUACUCGGGUUGUCUUCUCUAAGUCCAGCCCCAGUUCUGGAUCGAGACGUUAGGUCAUCCAGAAUUGCCGAGGUCCAUGUAAACCAAGUGGUUGAUCUUC